AUGUCGUUCGGAAUAGACGUCCUCAGCAACGCUGAACAACCCUCAGAGAGCGAUCGCUCUCAUCCCACGACAAACGGUGUUGUUACUGCCGGCGAUGCUCAGCAGGACGUCAACGAGGAAGAGGUGAUGGACGAUGUAGAGGAAGAAAUACAGUCGGAUGGGGAGGACGACGAGUAA